UUUCCUUGCUUCCAUUGCAACACUGGGGUGUGGCGUAGAUUACAGACUAGAAUACAAAUACCCACAGACUUCCUGGAUGAAUCAGAGUAAGAUUACACAGUCUCUUUCAACGCCAUGUCUGAGUGGAAGCAGAGGUGUGAGUCUGAGUGGAACCUGCAAGGCGCACCGAUGCCCGGCAGCCUUGACUGGAAGUCCGUGUUUGACGCCAGACCGCUGGGGAGGAAUUUACUGAAGAACCCUUCACCUCACGGAUUGAGUAAGGACACCCCUCCACCUGAUCCUGAUCUGCCUGAAUUUCCAACACAUGGACCUCCACGAUUCCAACCUGAUGGCGACUUCAGUGACUGGACCACGAGCCUGGAAGUCCUCCCCUAUGAUAUGAGUGGAAUCCCAGAAGGUGCCGUGGUCUGUGAAUUACCUCAAUGCAGCUGGUUCACCAUGGAGCAGGUAGUGGACCUGAAGGCAGAGGGAUUGUGGGAUGAGCUGCUGGAUGAGUUUCAGCCUGAAAUCCUCAUCCAAGACUGGUAUGAGGAGAGUCAGCUGCAUGCUUCCAUCUACCAGCUGCAGGUGAAGCUACUGGGUGCUGACAAAAGCACAGUGAUCUCAGAGCACAGUGUCAACCCUAGUGAGGACCUCAGCAACUACUCACACAACUGGAAGGAGGUGUCACAUGUGUUCUCCGGCUAUGGACCAGGGGUGAGAUAUGUCCACUUCCAGCACCGCCUGAAGAGCCAGUUCAUGAUGGAGUUCUACACCACGCUGUUCACCGGCAGCUCGGUGAUGGUCAGACCAACCAAAACCAGCUCCUAGGCUGACUCUUCUGAAACUGUAAAGACUUAGUUGUUCGAAUAUUCCAUGUAAUCAUCUAUAAAGUAACAACACAUACAAAUAUUGUCUUUUACAAAAGUGAUCAUAUUUUUGAUUUGAAUGUCUUUACACAUUACAGAGUUUGCAAUAAUUAAUAAUGGAUUGUGUUGAAUAAUUUAGCUAAUUUAUGCAUAUUUAGUUCAAUUAAUUGUUUUAUUUUGCAUUCCCUUGCAUUUCCAAAAUGAAAGGCAAAUGGAAUUAAGUUUUUGUUUUUUUAGGACACCAUACACUGUUGUGUGUAAUAAAAAAACACAUUUUUAACCUCACA